UCAUUCAUUUUUGGUCAGUCUACUCGACAACAUCAACAUAACGGUUGCUUGCUGUGCAAAGCAGAAGUGCGGGUUCGUUUGCUUUUUAUUUCCUCACUACUACACUACCAACGUGUCAGUCAGUCAUCUGUGGACAGCGCGUGUUUCAUUCGUGAUUUGCAGGCAGACUUUCUUACUACCCGCGCGGAUAUCGUCGAAUCGAAUUCCACACCAAGCACACUUCCGUGAGCAGAAGACAACCAGAGGCGUUCCAGCGGCAGCCGCAGAUUAGUUUUUUCUCCGUGUCAAUUUUGUUUGUCGUAUGUCCAUCCAGAAUCUUAAUACAUUCGACCCAUUUGCGGAUGCAAUAAAGGGUGCAGAUGAUGAUGUACAAGACGGACUCGUGCAUAUAAGAAUUCAGCAGAGAAAUGGUCGCAAAACACUAACCACUGUCCAGGGCCUGUCGUCCGAGUACGACCUGAAGAAAAUCGUGCGAGCAUGUAAGAAGGAAUUCGCAUGCAAUGGCACUGUGAUCGAACAUCCCGAGUACGGUGAGGUUCUGCAGCUGCAGGGUGACCAGCGCGAAAACAUCUGCCAGUGGCUGACCAAGUCGGGACUGGCGAAACCGGACCAACUCAAGGUGCACGGUUUCUAAGCUGUGCACUCACUCAACUACAGUUAUCGUUGUUUUUGUCGUUGUCAUCAUCUCAAGUGUGCAACCCAUCAUACCGGUCGAAAAAACUAUAGUGAAGAAAAAUCCGCAGUAGCAUCAUCAACAGCUUCCCGAGAUAAAAGUCCCGUCUCUUGGUUCUUUCAUCUCGCUCGUUCCGUUACAGGAGGAAACAUUGUCGGUGCGACUCGAGUGUACUAGUAGGUGGGUGGCAGUAUCAUGUUGGCGCAAUUCGGACUCAAUCAGCUCGAGAAAGAAGAGGGUGGUAUUCGAUCAAAUGAAAAACAGCAGUAGUAGCAACAAUAACUGGAAAAAAAAUCAUUCAACAUUUGAAGUAAGAGGAUCCAUUUCUAGCUACAGACUUGAAAAUCUCCAUAAUAAAUGUAAUCCCCCACGUCUGCUUCUCGAUUUUGCGAGCUGUUUGGGAAACAGAAUAUUGAAAAAAAAAUUAACUAAAUAGUCUAUUAGCGAGCGAAUGAGAGACGGAGUGGUUCGGAUUUGUUAGCAAAAUGAAAA